GCCCAGAGCGAGGAGCGUGAGUGUGCCUUCAUCGACCAGCAGCAGCAGUAUGAGGAGCAGCAUGGAGGAGGAGGAGGAGGAGGAAGAGCAGGCGCAGGAGGAGGAGGAGGAGCAGUGACUGGCCUAUGACCAGGAGAAUACUACUAUACGCUGCAGUAAGGGCUCUCGAUGCUAUGGCCUGUGGGAGAAGACUAAAGACGGAGACAUACACCUGGUCAAACAGGGUACGUCUACUCUCUCAAUACACACACUCACUAGAGACGGUAAAAUAGGGUCAAUGUCAUCACUCCAUCACCAUCACCAUCACUUUCCUUCUCCUCUCUCUCUCAUCCUCUCUCUCUCUCCCCUCUCCUCUCUCUCUCAUUCCUCUCUCUCUCUCUUCUCUCUCUCUCUGCUCUCUCUCUCUCUCUCUCUCUCUUCUCUUCUCUGUCUCUUUUCCCUUUCUCUGUCUCUUCUCCUGUCUCUCUCUCUCUCUCUCUCUUCUGUCUCUCUCUUUUCAAUUCAAUUUCAAUGUAAGGGCUUUAUUGGCAUGGGAAAACGUGUUGUUAACAUUGCCAAGUAAGUGAAGUAGAAAUAAACAAAAGUGAAAUAACAAUAAAUAUUAACAGUAAACAUUACACUCAGAAGUUCCAAAAGAAUAAAGACAUUUCAAAUGUCAUAUUAUGUCUAUAUACAGUGUUGUAACAAUGUGCAAAUAGUUAAAGUACAAAUGGGAAAAUAAAUACACAUAAAUAUGGGUUAUAUUUACAAUGGUGUUUGUUCUUCACUGGUUGACCUUUUCUUGUGGCAACAGGUCACAAAUCUUGCAGCUGUGAUGGCACACUGUGGUUUUUCACCCAGUAGAUAAGGGAGUUUAUCAAAAUUGGGUUUGUUUUCGAAUUCUUUGUGGAUCUGUGUAAUCUGAGGGAAAUAUGUGUCUCUAAUAUGGUCAUACAUUUGGCAGGAGGUUAGGAAGUGCAGCUCAGUUUCCACCUCAUUUUGUGGACUCUCUCUCUCUCACUCUCUGUCUCUCUCUGUGACCCACACAGUGUUUAUAAUCAAAGGCAAAACACACACUCACAUCCUGUCCGCAGCAGUCUCUUAUCCUCCUUGCUAUCCUCCUCCAGGUUGCUGGACUCACAUCGGGGACCAGCAGGAGUGCCAUGACAACCGUUGCGUGGUUACGACCACUCCGUCUCAGAUUCAGAAUGGGACGUAUAGGUUCUGCUGCUGCAGUACCAACAUGUGUAACGUCAACUUCACCGAGGACUUCCCCCCACCCAGCCCCACCGCCGCACAGCUAUGUAAGUACCAUAACCCCUGACCCUUAACCUCUAACCCUGACCCUCCGCCCGACUUCAGCCCAGCCUCUCUGUAAAGCCACACUGCAGCUUAAUCACACUUAA